GAGUUAGCUGAGACAUGUUGGCAUUCUUCGAAAGAAAAGUUGAACAGUGAUGAAUCAGAAGGCGGGGUACACCCUACGGGAAAAGUGCAUCCGGAAUUUUACAUAAUUUAUACGGGAUAUUACGUUACGCAUACA